AUGGAAAAGAAUACAAUAAAGAGACGUCUACCAGAGACGUAUAAUUCAGGUCGAGCCAUAAAAGUCCCGUCAAGUUAUCUAAAUUUAAUAAAGCAAAUACGUGAACAAGAUGGGAAAAUGGAGACACUGAGACGAGCUAUCCGCUAUAAGGAAGAGAACAAACUAAAGGAAAUGGGGGACUUAAUAAGCCGGUGGAGACACAUAGCGCAACAAUUAGUGGUUGAGCUUCAGCAAAAGUUUAGUGAAGUCGAUAAUUUUUUUGAAGAGGAAGAUACUAAAUGCAAUCAAGAUAAGCCUUUAAAACAGCUUUUACAAAAGUUACAUAUCGACCCAGCUUUGGUUCAUUACUCGGAGGAAUCUGACGAGCUUUUAAUGGAAUGA